CUGGCGUGUUGCCUCAAUUUCCAAUUUGGUAGAUCUCCACCCACAGGCCGUGUUUCGACCAAUCGUGCCCUACCGCAUACUGCGCUGGUCAUAGGUACGUGCCUGUCUGCUUGCCUACAAGUACAUACCUGCACCAGCUUGAACAGGUCGUCCCAGCCCACCCAGCAACUUUAAGGUUCCUCCUCCAUUUUUUUGCUUGCGGAUCUUAAUCCACCACCACAACCCCUCGAAUCGGGCGCUUGUCGCAACGGCUACCUUAGUCAAGACAAGAUUGUAUCGCAGCGUACCUGAUCGCAUUUAUCUACGUUAAAUUCAAAUCGCAUUGAUAAAUAAUCAUAUCAUACAUCACUUUGUUUUCUCCACCAUCCCUACUCGAGGCCGACCACGGGAUUUGCCUCUCUAUCCCAAACACGGCUUCUCUAUUCCCAUCGUCGCGGGCAGUUCCCUGCCAACCCCGGGACCGAUUUGAUUGGUUUUGCCCUGCUGUCAGCUCGCCAAAAUACACAGCCCCCCACACCCGCUAGGCACUGCCACCACACCACGAAGGCUGACUCGUUUUCUGCCUCGUCUUGGUCGAGUCUUGUCUUGCCUGGCCCAUUUUCGUCCGCCCGCGUUUUGCGUCUGGUGCAGGUUAGGUUCCAACCUCAAGAAUAGGCAAAAGCUCUUGCUCCGCUGUGUGCGCGCGCGACUUCUCCGUCAUCACCUCUGGUGAGCCCGCUUUGCACAGCGCCGAAACACACCUUACGCCCAUCCAUUCCAACAGUUACGGUGCGCAGCACAGCACAGCACAGCACAGCGCGGCACCAAAUCGCACCACCCACUACCACCACAUAGAGUUACCUACCUACCUAUCGCCAUGGAUCAGUUGCAGCACCACCCGGAUCCCGGGCGCGCUCGGUCGCCGUCAGCCGCCAGUACUGUCGCUGCUUUCCAGCAACAACACCAGGAACACCCGCAGCCUCAUAUAAGAAGCCACUCGCCGUCGCCUGCGCCUCAGUCAUUCUCGAGCCCCCAACAUACUGGUCUCGGGCUUGCUAUCGACCACUCGCAGUCUUUCUCGGGCUUCAACCCCAAUCCCAGCGACUUCCUCAACCCCCAGCCGUCUCAAACGUUCCCAGGCCAGGGCCAGCUACCCCCCUCUCCCUUCGACGCGACUCAGCCGUUUGACACCAACAACCAGGCCCAGUCAGGAUAUUCACAAGAAUUCUUGAAUAAUAACACCAACUUUGGCGGUUCUGACUUUUCUCUUUUCCCUCCCGCAACAACAGAACAGCUCAGCACGCCCUUAUUUGUAACGGGCGAUAAUCAGCAGCAGCAGCAGCCACCCCAACUCAGCACCCCAGACCUGAAUAUGAGCACGUCCCAAGUUCACCAUAGCCCGACACCUCCCCACCAUCUGAAGCCGGAACCGCAUCAACCCGGCUCUGCCCACCAGUCCCCGUCAUUCAACCAGCACCAGUUCUCAUCGCCGCCCAGCCGUCACUCGCGGAAUGCCUCGCUAGGUCCUGAGGCGGCUCUGCUACCAGGACAGGUCGACUGGAGCGGUACUCAGUUUCAGGGACACAGGCGCACCCCUUCAGAGUACUCGGAUGUGUCAUCCGUCGCUCCAUCGCCCAACCUUGUCAGCCAUGAUAGCUUUGAUCAUAUCGAACAUAGCCCGAUGCAACGGCCCGUCGAUACGCCUGGUCUAUACCAGGAGCUCCACGGUCUUGGUAACUUUAGUCUCGCCGAUCCCCCGCCUUCUCACAGCCCUGAUCUAAGAGGCAGGAGUCCGUCGCACAGCCCAGCAAUCUCCCCGAGGGUCCUGCCACAGCAAUUGCCCGACAUGACCCAACCCAACAGUAGCUUCAUGCUUCAAGGCCAGAACAAUGGCUUUGGCACCCCCCAGAUUGCCCUGCAGUCCUCCGAGGCCUUCCCUCAACUGCCACAGCAUGGCUUGGCACAGAUGUCGGCGCCGACCAUCAAUAUCGAUUAUGCGCCGACCAACCUGAGAAACUUUGAGGGCCGACCGAUGAUGGACUCUGAUGCGCUGACCCCGCCGGAUAGAGGACGCGUGAGAAACCGUCCACGUGCUGUCACGGACCCUUACGCCAAUGGAAGCACCGCGCCUAUUCCGCGACCUCUUGGUACAGCCAGCUUGUCUCCCAGCCCAGGGCUGUCAUCAAGAGACUCGUCGCGCUCCUUGUCACCACUAGAUCGCUCGAUACCACCAAAUAAGAGGCGUCAAUCCACCUCUGCAGUGCCCAAUAACGUCAUGGCACUACGUCUGGCGGACCCUGAAUUCGCCGCUCAAGGCAGUGGAGACGGGACUGCGGCGGGCGGCGGGCCGAAGCGGGUCCAGAAACACCCCGCAACAUUCCAGUGCUCAUUGUGUCCGAAACGGUUCACUAGAGCCUACAACCUUAGGAGUCAUCUGCGUACUCAUACCGACGAGAGGCCAUUCGUAUGUACGGUGUGUGGUAAGGCAUUUGCUAGGCAGCACGACCGGAAAAGGCACGAAGGCCUGCAUUCUGGAGAGAAAAAGUUUGUCUGCAAGGGCGAUCUUAAAGCCGGUGGUCAAUGGGGUUGUGGGAGAAGAUUUGCCCGUGCCGAUGCGUUGGGUAGGCAUUUCAGGUCUGAGGCAGGUCGUAUUUGCAUCAAGCCUUUACUGGAUGAGGAGAUCAUGGAACGGCAAAGAAUCUGGCAGGAGCAGCACAUGCAGGCGGCGCAACAUCAACAGCACAUGAUGAUGCCGCCUCCAGGAAUCGACCCCAACACCGGAUAUCCAGUCGACGCUGCUGGUAAUUACUCAUUACCGGCCGCGAUUCUUGCGCAGUACCCCGCCCUUGCUCAGAUGAACUGGGGCACAGCCGGUGGUGGCAUCGACGGCGGAUCUGGCAUCGAGGAUGACAUUUCAGGACGCAGUAGCUUUGAUGCCAGCGAUUACGACGAUGCCGACGAUGGCGGAUAUGUGUCUGGACCCGGAACCGGGUUUGGUCAAGGCGGCAUGAACGAGGGUUUUGGCGAGAUGGGAUACGCAAGUGACUACGGCGGACGCUAGUCUUGAUGACAAUUUGACAUGAAAUGCCUGGAUACGCUCAGACAUUUGACGAACGGCGGGAUUGUUCUAUUUUACGACUACUCUGAUGCCUACAGUACCUGGACGGUCAUUUUACGUUUGGAUAACGAUGUUUGAUUUUUUUUUUAGCAUUGUGGAGCUCUCAGCCAUUCCUGGUUGCGAAUUCUCGAGAGGGCUUGAUACCCCCCUGUGAUGGUUCCACGGAUCUGCGAUUCCUUGUUCCUUUAUUUUCUUAUUGUUUGUUAAGCUUUGUUUUGGGUGGUUUGCCCUGGCUGAGCAUAACGACCUUGAUGGUUUGCUUAUGUACUUUUGCGGGGCUCGGAUUCCAUUUACCUCUUAUACCUUUUUCUCGCGUUUGUCCCGUUGUUGAUCUUUUUUAUAUAGACGGCAUUUCUUGGAAUGCCACAGAGAUACCAAUCCUGUUCGAGCCAUUUUCUGCAUACAUGUACCGCCUGGCUGUGAAAGGUUAUGUUUUGGUUCUGCUCAGAAAGAGGGGUUCGACAAGCCAACUUUUCCAAUUUAAUGUUUGCUGUGUAAUGUGCGUUAUGUCUUGGAUUGCAUUCAUAGUUAAGGCCACACGGAUAUAAUGGAUUUAAUGGCGAGGAUCAAGGCGAGUUUCAAGUCCGAGCACUUACAAAUACAU